CAGAUCGUUCUCUGUCUCAGUUUUUUGGUUAUGUCAAACGAUUUCAAAAUUUGUGGAAAUAAAAAAAAAUUGAAAAAUUGAAAUAAAAGUUCAUUGAUGCCACCAUGUGCGCCGAACAUACCGACAAUGAGUUCAAAGAUUUGAGUGCCAGAAAUUAUAAUAAACUUUCUAAAUCAACAACAAAAAAUGGUUACAAGGAUGGCAUUCACGACGGCAAGGAAUCCAUGUUCCAAAGUGGGUUUGAUGCUGGCUACAACGAAGGCUUCAAGAAUGCAUUCAACAUUGGAAAAUACCAUGGUCUGACAACGGCCGCAGCAAUGGACACAAAAGAAGAUUUACUGCUGAAGAAACCUACUCGCGGACAGUGCCAAAUAUGCACCGAUCCAACAUUGCUGGACAAAUCCAUAUCGGAAAUCACGGCCGUACAAUCGAAACAUUCGCAAAAUGUCAACGAGGCACUGAAUAAACGAUACCGGCUUUAGUCGCAAAAAUUA